CUUUCAGCAGCAGAAUGGGUCCAGUCGAGCUGCUCCACAUGUCCGUCUUCUCUCAGAGUUUCUCUCCCUGCGGUCGAUUCCUGGCGGCCGGAAACAACUACGGAGAGAUCGGCCUCUUCAGCCUGUCCGCAGCUCUGAGUCCAGAAGCGACCGCAGCCAAUCAGAAACCUGUUCUCACGUUCACAGCUCAUGAAGGACCCGUCUUCUCUCUUCUGUCCACCGACUGUCACCUGAUGAGCGCCGGAAACGGAGAGGUCAGCGCCUGGAGCUGGGCCGAGCUCAUCAAGAAGAAUGUGAAACCUCUUUGGACCAAAAGACCAAACUACAAAUCCAGUCUGGAGAUCCCAGAGAUCAACUCGAUGGCCGUCAGUCUCAGAGACAACAGUCUGAUAGUCGGAGGAGGCGACAACAACGUCCACGUCAUGGAUCUGGAACACGGAGUCUUUAAGUCGGUCUUGCAGGGACACUCGGACUACAUCCACUGUGUGAGUGUGAGAGAGCGGGAGGGGGAGAUCCUGUCGGGGGGGGAGGACGGAGCCGUGAGGGUCUGGGACAGCAGGACGGGUCAGUCGGUCCACUGCAUCGAAGUCUACAAGUACCAGAGUUGUGCUCGGCCUCAGUUCGGGAAGUGGAUCAGCUGUUUGACCACCGACUCUGAUUGGAUGCUGUGUGGUGGAGGUCCGUCUAUGUCUCUGUGGCAUCUCCGCUCUCUGUCUCCUACCUCCGUCUUCCCUCUGAGCGGCUGCCAGAGAAACGCCAGCUUCCACCAGGACAUGAUCCUGGCUGUAGGUGAAGGUGCGUUCGUGUCCCACUGCCUGCUGGGUGGAGACAUAAAGGCUCAGAUUCCCUGCACGCCUCAGAGCCUGAACACACUGCAGCUCAACACCAACAGCUCCGAGCACAGAGUUCUGACGGUCGGCGGCAGCAGCAACCACAUCGAUGUUUUCACCAACCUGUCCUACCGAGCCUUCUCCCUCAGCUUCUGACACACACACUGUCCUAGCUCAACUCUGGGGACAUUACACACACACGCUGUCCUAGCUCACUUCUGGG